GCGGGUAGGCGUCACCGUGAAGCUGCCAUCAUCUGACUCGCAGUGUGUCCGGUGUCCUCAUUCCGGAGAAUGGAGGUUAAUAUGACAGAGAGGAGACGAUUAUUCAUUCUUCUGACACUGCUCUGUACGGACUGGUGCGCCGCAUUUUAUCUUCCGGGUCUGGCUCCUGUAAGCUUCUGUGAAGUAAAUAAAGAGACGGAGAACUGUAAGUCCCUAAUUGAGGUGUUUGUGAACCGCCUGGACUCUGUGGAAUCUGUUCUUCCAUAUGAAUAUGAUGCUUUUGACUUUUGUAAGGACAAAAAUGAGCGGCACGCUUCGGAGAACCUUGGACAAGUAUUAUUUGGCGAAAGAAUAGCAUCAUCCCCAUACAAGUUUAAGUUCAAUGUUCCUGAGACGUGUGCGAAAGUUUGUUCCAAGCGUUAUAAACCAAAUGAUGAUGCCACACUUCUGGACUUCAUCAAGAAAGGCAUUGACUUGAAUUAUCAGCACCAUUGGAUUAUAGACAAUAUGCCGGUGACAUGGUGUUAUGAUGUGGAGGAUGGGCAGAAAUUUUGCAGUCCUGGAUUCCCCAUUGGCUGUGCCAUUACAGCAGAUGGGAGAGUAAAAGACGCCUGUGUUAUUAAUUCUGAAUUCAACAAAAAGAACACAUUCUACCUAUUCAAUCAUGUUGAUAUAACCAUUACCUAUCACAGUGGAAACGGAGAAAACUGGGAUGGUGCACGAUUGGUUACUGCAAGGCUGGAACCAAAAAGCUACAAACAUACUGAUGAAAAUAAUUUACAUUGUGAUGGCCCUCCGAUGGAAAUUCCUCAAGAGCAUACAAGUGACCUGCUUGUGAUUUACACGUAUUCUGUGAAAUUUCAAGAGAAUAAUACCAUUAAGUGGGCAUCCCGUUGGGAUUAUAUUUUAGAAUCCAUGCCUCACACUAACAUUCAGUGGUUCAGUAUCAUGAAUUCCCUGGUGAUUGUCCUCUUUCUGUCUGGCAUGGUUGCUAUGAUAAUGUUAAGAACACUUCACAAGGAUAUUGCAAGAUACAACCAAAUAGACUCUUCUGAGGAUGCGCAAGAAGAAUUUGGUUGGAAAUUAGUUCAUGGAGAUGUAUUCCGACCCCCCAAAAACGGAAUGUUGCUUGCUGUUUUUCUCGGUCAAGGAACCCAAAUAUUCAUUAUGACCGUUAUUACAUUAUUUCAAGCCUGCCUUGGAUUUCUGUCACCUGCUAACAGAGGAGCCUUGAUGACGUGCGCUGUCGUCCUGUGGGUCUUACUCGGAACUCCUGCUGGUUACGUGUCUGCAAGGAUGUACAAGACAUUUGGUGGUGAGAAAUGGAAAAGCAAUGUGUUAUUGACUGCACUUUUAUGUCCGGGCAUAAUAUUUGCGGAUUUCUUUAUUAUGAAUAUUAUCUUAUGGGAAAAUGGUUCUUCAGCUGCAAUUCCUUUUGGGACACUGGUCGCCAUCCUAGCGAUGUGGUUUGGCAUCUCUGUGCCAUUAACAUUUCUUGGGGCAUAUUUUGGAUUCAAGGAAAAGCCAAUCGAGCACCCCGUUCGAAUAAAUCAGAUCCCUCGUCAGAUUCCACGGCAGUCCUUCUUCACAAAGCCUUUCCCUGGCAUAGUUAUGGGGGGCAUUCUACCAUUUGGGUGCAUUUUUAUUCAGCUGUUUUUCAUUCUCAAUAGCAUUUGGUCUCAUCAAAUGUACUAUAUGUUUGGGUUCCUGUUUCUGGUAUUCAUAAUACUCCUGAUCACUUGCUCAGAGGCUACCAUCUUGCUUUGUUACUUCCAUCUAUGUGCUGAGGAUUAUCACUGGUGGUGGCGAUCAUUUCUAACAAGUGGCUUCACUGCCGUGUACCUUUUUGUAUACGCUGUUCAUUAUUUUUUCUCUAAGCUUCAAAUCACAGGAACUGCAAGCACCAUUCUGUACUUCGGGUACACCAUGAUCAUGGUCUUAAUUUUUUUCCUGUUUACAGGCACCAUUGGAUUUUUCUCUUGUUACUGGUUUGUGAAAAAAAUCUACAGUGUCGUAAAAGUAGAUUAAUAUGAAAUUGCCCGCAAACUGAUCGCAUACAGACCAAGGAAACUGCUUUUUGUUUGAGGACAUGGAAACACAAAGUUUGUAUGGCACAAAGAGACUUCCUGACCCAAUGAGCACUUUGGGAAAUUGUGUUUACAUCAUUCCUGUCAUGUUCUCCUCCUUUGUUUUUUUUUCCCCCUUUCCUUUAAACAGGGCCUUAAAACAAUGCGUUUCCCACCAACGAGGAUGACCGUGAUGACCGAGUAUAUUUGAUAAUUUGAUCAUGAUCCGUGCAUUCGAACAUGGAUGUCCGUAGUGUAGAUUAAUCUCUUGUUAUGCUGCUAUUGCAAUAAGGCACUGCAUAAACACAUAGUGAGGUUAAACAGAUAUAGUGCUAAUAACAAUCAGAUGGCUCAUGUGCCUUUCACAUAUUCUUAAAUCAAAGGUUUAUAUAUGAAAGAGUUGAUUUUGUCCAUCCAGAUCAUUCUGUAUUCUUUAGAAUGGUUGUAUGUUUUAUUUAAUUGAUUGUACAUUUUAAUCCGGUACUUUAUAAUACAUUACAUAUUUCAAGUGUUCACUAGGUGUGCAGAGUAUAAUGUUUGUCUUUUCUUGUUCAGGUUUAAUAUUGUACAUAAGAUAGCACAUACUCAUAGGACCGCACUGUAAUGUGAUGAUUACUGGGGUCCACAUUUUAUAGAAAAAAAAAGUUGCAUUCUACAGACCAAAAUAUGUGGCAUGAAUUUGUAGCCUUGCCUAUGACUUGUGCAAUAAAGAUCCUUAGACUCCAA